ACACCGGAGGGCUCAGACAGUUCAACUCUCGGCGAGCGGUGAGGAGGACCGAGUCCGCGGCAGAGGCUGCACCCGGAGAUGUGAAGGCGAAACCCCGCGUUACUGCGUCGCCACCGUUGCUCCUUCGCACGCUUCCACCGGGGAGAAGUCGGUCGUAGUAAAUGCACUUUGCAGCACUGCUACACUCGCGCUUCAUUUUUUGUGUGUACAUUUUUCGCGAUGGCAGUUCGGUUCACAUCCGGGACACAAUGCCUUGACUCCAUUAUUGUCUAAAACUGUCGGGAGAGGUUGAUGAACCUUAUUUUUAUUUUUUUAUAGACACGUUUUUUUUUGCAUUACGAGUGAAGGCUGGACCCAAGAGGAGAUGUCUAACCAAGGAGUCCGGCGGAACGGCCCCGUGAAGCUGCGAUUAACAGUCCUCUGCGCCAAAAACCUGGUGAAGAAGGACUUCUUCCGCCUCCCUGAUCCCUUUGCCAAGGUCGUUGUGGACGGUUCGGGGCAGUGCCACUCGACAGACACUGUGAGGAACACACUUGACCCCAAGUGGAAUCAACACUAUGACCUAUACAUCGGAAAAUCCGACUCCAUCACCAUCAGCGUGUGGAAUCACAAGAAGAUUCACAAGAAGCAAGGUGCCGGGUUCCUGGGCUGUGUCCGCCUUCUGUCCAACGCCAUCAACCGCCUUAAAGACACCGGCUACCAGAGACUAGACUUGAACAAGCUGAGUCCCAAUGACAGCGACACGGUCAGAGGCCAGAUAGUGGUGAGCCUGCAGUCGAGGGACCGGAUCGGCACCGGGGGCUCCGUGGUGGACUGCAGUCGGCUGUUUGACAAUGAUCUCCCCGAUGGUUGGGAGGAGAGGAGGACGGCGUCCGGGCGAAUCCAGUACUUGAACCACAUCACACGCACCACACAGUGGGAGAGGCCGACCAGGCCCGCGUCAGAGUACUCCAGCCCUGGCCGGCCUCUCAGCUGCAUCGUGGACGAGAACACGCCCGUCAGCACAAACGGGGCCACGCCCACCACAGUGUUGCCGCCCAUCAACGGUGACCAGCGGAUCCCGGAGAGACGGGUCCGCUCCCAGCGGCACCGCAACUACAUGAGCAGAACCCACCUGCACACGCCCCCGGACCUCCCUGAGGGAUACGAGCAGAGGACCACGCAGCAAGGCCAAGUGUACUUCCUCCACACUCAGACGGGUGUUAGCACGUGGCAUGACCCCAGAGUACCAAGAGAUCUGAGUAAUGUGAACUGUGAGGAACUGGGUCCUCUACCUCCUGGAUGGGAGAUCCGGAACACUGCCACUGGGAGGGUUUACUUUGUCGACCACAACAACCGAACCACGCAGUUCACGGACCCGCGCCUCUCCGCCAACCUGCAUCUCGUGCUCAAUCCAAGUCCCAGUCCAAGCCCCAAUGGUUCUCGCGGAGGCAUCGAAAGUCAGAAUGUCAGUCGUCAGAACCAGUUGAAGGAUCAGGCCCAGCAGGCUCUGGUGUCCCCCGGUCAGCUCCCAGAGGAGGCCGAGUGCCUCACGGUGCCCAAGUACAAGAGGGACCUUGUUCAGAAGCUCAAGAUCCUCCGCCAGGAACUGUCCCAGCAGCAGCCUCAGGCCGGCCACUGCCGCAUCGAGGUGUCCCGCGAGGAGAUCUUCGAGGAGUCGUAUCGCCAAGUGAUGAAGAUGAGGCCGAAGGACCUGUGGAAGCGGCUAAUGGUGAAGUUCAGAGGGGAGGAGGGGCUCGAUUAUGGAGGAGUGGCCAGGGAGUGGCUCUACCUGCUGUCGCACGAGAUGCUGAACCCGUACUACGGCCUGUUCCAGUACUCCCGCGAUGACAUCUACACACUGCAGAUAAACCCCGACUCUGCCGUCAACCCCGAGCACUUGUCGUACUUUCACUUUGUUGGCCGCAUCAUGGGGAUGGCGGUGUUCCACGGCCACUACAUCGACGGAGGCUUCACGCUGCCCUUCUACAAACAGCUGCUGGGUAAACCCAUCACCCUGGACGACAUGGAGUCGGUUGACCCUGACCUGCACAACAGCCUCGUCUGGAUCCUGGACAAUGACAUCACAGGUGUCCUGGACCACACCUUCUGCGUGGAGCACAAUGCUUACGGGGAGAUCAUCCAGCAUGAGCUCAAGCCCAACGGCAAGAGCAUCUCCGUCACCCAGGACACCAAGAAGGAGUACGUGCGGCUCUACGUCAACUGGCGUUUCCUGCGAGGCAUCGAGGCCCAGUUCCUGGCCCUGCAGAAGGGCUUCAACGAGGUCAUCCCCCAACACCUGCUCAAGGCUUUCGACGAGAAGGAGCUUGAGCUUAUCGUAUGCGGCCUGGGUAAAAUCGACAUCAACGACUGGAAGUCCAACACGCGACUCAAGCACUGCACCGCGGAGAGCAACAGUGUCAAGUGGUUCUGGAAAGCCGUGGAGUCCUUCGACGAGGAGCGCAGGGCCCGGCUGCUGCAGUUCGUCACCGGCUCCUCCAGAGUUCCCCUGCAAGGCUUCAAGGCCCUCCAAGGUGCUGCUGGCCCACGACUCUUUACUCUCCACCAGAUUGAUGCCAGCACCAACAACCUGCCCAAAGCCCACACCUGUUUUAACCGGAUUGACAUUCCUCCCUACGAGCAGUAUGACAAACUGUACGACAAGUUGCUCACCGCCAUCGAGGAGACGUGCGGCUUCGCUGUGGAGUGAGUCACCGAAGCAGGCGGAGCUCAGCAACGACCACAAGCAACAUGGUUUGCCCCCCUCCACCACCACCACGACCACCACCACCACCCCUAAAAAUCAAUCCACUCCGAUGGGGGUCUUCCACAGUUGCUUUACCCUGCGACGCCCAUACUUCCCGGGGGGCCAAGCUACUAGAGGGUGGACCGAGAAAACCGGAAUAUGUCACCUGACUCUGGUUUUCCUUUCAGACUCUCAAGCCCUCUGUCACGUGUUUUUUUGUUUUUGUAUUAUUGAAAAGGAUCUUGUAUCAGCUGCUAAUAACUCAGACUAUUUACUAACCCGUGGAACCUGCAAAGUCGCUGGCUCUUCCCUUUUAUUUCUUUUCUUAUCCAAGUUCAUUUUAGCGUUUUAAAAAAUACAAAAUAAACACAAAAAAAGUAAAAGACUGUAUUCCAUGUAGCAAGGCUCCAUCUCACCAAGCGGAACACGAGGUCGGUCCACUCUGAAAUGACAUGAACGAGACUUUGUUUGCCAGAGCACGGGGUUACGAAAGGUUCCCCACAACCACUUGAAGACACGAAGCUUCGGAUGCAGCGUGUGUGUGCGAUGUGUGUGUGUGUGCGGCGUGUGCGUGACUCGUGCCGUUUGGUGCCUCAGAGUGUUCACAUCGGGGCUCUUGGCAACGCCGCCACGGCUGGAAAACGGGGACGCGUGCGGAUGCGAAGGCAAGACGAGAGACCGAAUCAGCCGGAGCCCGACUGUUUACAAGCCUCCCCAAAGACGGCAGCGGGGACCUCUGCCCUCUCACCCCCCCUUCACUCCCACGAAACCUAUUUCACACGUUUUUGUUUUGGAAAUGGAUGAAUCCAUGAAUAAAUAGCUUGAAAUGUGGUAUUUUUAUAUAACGGUGGGGGAUUUGAAAAAGAAACAAUACAAUUCUAUAUAUUAAAUAUAAUUUAUUGCUGUUAUAUUCCCCUAUCCAUUGUUUCAGAAAAAAGAAAAAGAAAAAACAAGAUCUUUUAAAUGUUAAGUGUUGCUGUUUAAAUUAUCGAAGACAAUUUGUGACAACCGAAUUAAGCUUGACUGAGUUUUGCUUCAGGAUGCUGUGGUUUAUUUCUCUCACACACUGUGCCAGAAGGUGUGUCUUUAAAGGGCAAACAAAUCUUCAACACACAAUGUCCUCUGAGUGCCGUUAUGAUCAUUUUAGAAUGACAGAAUCGUUGCUGAUAUCGAGCGAACCCUUUAAAUUCUACUGAUUUCAUUCUGGAGCUACACACAUGGCGGUGUGACGUUUCCCCGACUAUUACCGCCUCUUUUUUAUUUGUUAACACUUUGUCAUGUGUAGCUGGGCUAUAUUAAUGUCACGAGCAUGAAACCCUCCCAUCCUUUUCUAAUGGUAUUCUGUCUCAGAAGAGUCCAAAGGUCCAUCGUCGUCUAUUUCACGCUCCACAUUGUUAUUGUUAAACACACACAAAAACCUCUACUACCUUCUCGCCGUGUGGUGCUAAACAGCAUUAUCGUCUAAUAUUGCCAACCUUCUCAUUGACAUACUACUGCUUGUGCACACUACUCACACCUGUUUGUGGCCACGCCCCUUGCCAAGUAAUCGAGAGGAGAUGUCAUACAGUAUGUAGUUUGAAACGUGUCCUCGGAUUCGACGACCGGCGGGAAAACUAUUUCUGACCGUUUGUCUUCCCUGAAUGCAAAAUAAAUAAAAUAAGAAAAGUCUCAUCGCUUGAAUUGUUUUGCCCACAGCCGACCAUUAACAUACAGCAACCGUUUGCAUGUGUCCAUGUGUGCUUUUGGUUGAAAGGGAACUGAGUGAGGGGGAUCCGGUUUUGGCCGGCUACACGGUUCCAUCAGUAAUGCUUUUAUUUCAAGAGAAGGGGGGAGGUUGUUUUCUACGAUUUUAAAAAUGAACUUCUUGAAUGUUUUCCCAAAACAAAACAAAAAUGCUGCCUGGGCCAGCAAUCUCUAUGACCGUGGACUGUUCUUAAAGUUUGCAUACACUUAAAGGAAGAAGAAGGAAGAAAAGAAGAGAGUUAACUGUUCAUUUGUGUCUGUGGACAAGUGUAUGCAAAGUGAAGUGUUCUCACAUGGUGCUUUGUACAGUAAUGAGAUAUUGUUCAUAUAUGUGGAUCAGACGACCUGUAAUUUAUCUUUAACUUAAGUGGAAAAAUGAAAAGAGGAAUUGCACACGAACAGAACGAGGUUGCCGUGUGUAUUUUAACGGUGACUUUUUUUUUUUUUAAAGCAGAUAUUCAUUUGCCUUUAGUCCAGUGCACAAGCUGAUGGCCCUACUGUCCGUUCCUCCACUACGCCGCUCAGCAUCGCCCCGGUGCUGCCUCUCGUUGAAGAACUUGUGCCUGAACAAGUGAAAGUUGAGAAAUUCUGCUCUUGUUUUGGGUUUUUUUAACCGCAUAAUCCACUAGCAGGACUAUAUCUCUCAUAGCUGACUGAUGCAAUUUGAUGUAUGUUAACACUAUCA